UCAACUACGAUGUGUUCAGGACGAGAAUGGCCGACCCCUGAAGCUAGACCGCGCCGGGGCGAUGCUAAGCGUAGGCUGCAGGAGGUGCAAGACCUCCAGGUAGCCUCGGUGUGCAUGGGCAUCGAGCAUCUCAUGAACAAGCGCCGGAGAUCCACCAAGCGGCGAGGAGGCGCCGCACGAGUAUUCCCCCCGGUGGGGCAACAAGCACGCCUCUUCCGAGACAAGAGCAGCGACGACGCCGGCGACUCAUGUGGCGGCGAUCACCAGUGCGGCGGCGACCACGACCACCCUUCUUCAUGCCGGCUCUGCGAGUCGACGCUCCGCGUUCUCAGCACCGCCCUCUUGCACGUCAGACGCUGCCGUCACCAGCAGAAACAGAAGCAGCAGCAUCUCGACAACGGCGAAAGCAUCAACAACAACAACAAGGACGUCCCUACCGCCUCCGGCUGCGACGCCUGCCGGAUGUGGUCCAUGGUCGGCGAACGCUGCGCUUCCCUCGGCAUCUCCCUCUCCAACAACCUCCUCUUCGCCGCCAAUGGUAGUAUCGAAGGCGGAGCCGGUGUUGGCGGUGGCAGGGUGGACGGCAGCAGGCUCGCUGGUGGCGCCACGACCGCUGCUACCGCUUCUGAACCAGACGGGCCAGCGCUUCGGGUGGUGGGAAGGGUACUCUAUCAUGAGUAAGCGGCCCUCGAUGU